AUGAAGGAUGGUAUAAGGAAGCUGCUGGCCCAGGCUCCCCAGCCUCCCAGCCUGGUUCUGGUCCAGAGUGUGGUGAGAGAGAUGGAUGAGGACCUCCUCCCUUCGGGGUUCCCCAACAUCGACAUGGGCCCCCAGCUGAAGGUGGUGGAGCGCACACGCACUGCCACCAUGCUGUGCGCGGCCAGCGGCAACCCCGACCCGGAAAUACACUGGUUCAAGGACUUCCUGCCCGUCGACCCCAGCGCAAGUAACGGGCGAAUCAAACAGCUGAGAUCAGAUACCUUUGUGGGUACGGCCGUACGAGGUGCCCUGCAGAUAGAGAACAGCGAGGAGACGGACCAGGGGAAGUACGAGUGCGUGGCGUCCAAUGUCGAGGGCGUCCGGUACUCCUCCCCCGCUAACCUAUAUGUGCGAGAGCUUCGAGAAGUCCGCCGCGUGCCCCCCCGCUUCUCCAUCGUGCCCACCAACCACGAGAUCAUGCCGGGCGGCAGCGUGAACAUCACCUGCGUGGCGGUGGGCUCCCCCAUGCCCUACGUGAAGUGGAUGCUGGGGGCCGAGGACCUGACGCCCGAGGACGAGAUGCCGGUGGGGCGGAACGUCCUGGAGCUCACCAGCGUCCAUGAGUCGGCCAACUACACCUGCAUGGCCAUGAGCAGCCUGGGCGUGAUCGAGGCCGUCGCCCAGAUCAUCGUCAAGUCCCUGCCCAAACCUCCGGGGACGCCGGUGGUGACGGAGACGACGCCCACGAGCGUGACCAUCACCUGGGACUCGGGCAACCCGGACCCGGUCACCUACUACAUCAUCCAGUACCGGGCCACCAGCCCCUUCAGCAAGUUCGAGACCCGGGACAGCAUCACCACCACGCGCUACAGCAUCGGCGGCCUGUACCCAAACACGGAGUACGAGAUCCGCGUCUCCGCCUUCAACACCAUCGGGCAGGGCCCCGCCAGCGAGCCCGUGGUGGCCCGGACCGGGGAGCAGGCCCCCGCCAGCCCGCCCCGAAACAUCAACACCCGCAUCAUCUCCCAGAACACCAUGGUGGUGCGCUGGUCGGAGCCCGAGGAGCCCAACGGGCAGGUGAAGGGGUACCGGAUCUACUACACCAUGGACCCCAGCCUGCCCGUGGGCCAGUGGCAGGUGCACAACGUGCAGGACAGCCUGCUCACCACCAUCGGGAGCCUCACCCCCUCCGAGACCUACACCAUCAGGGUGCUGGCCUUCACCUCCGUGGGCGACGGGCCCUUCUCCGACCCCAUCCAAGUGAAGGUCAUGCAGGACGUCCCCACGCAGCCGACCAAGUUCCAGGUGGGCGCGGUGUCGGACACUAGCAUCGAGCUAACCUGGGAGCCGGAUGGCGACAAGAGCAUCGUCAGCUACAACCUGCGCUACAGAGAGGGCAAGCUGGACAGCCCGGUGUCCCGAACCUUCCCCCCGUCCUCGUCCUACGUGGUGGAGGGACUCAAGGCGAACACGGAGUACUACUUCUCUCUGGCGGCCGUCUCCAAGAAGGGCGUGGGAGCCUUCACCAACGAAAUCCACCAGACCACCGCGCAAGCCAAGCCUUCCGCCCCCCCUCAAGAAAUUAAGUGCAGCAGCUCCAGCUCCACCGCCUUGCUGGUAAGUUGGCGCCCCCCGCCUGCGGAGGGCAUGAAUGGCGCCCUGGCGGGGUACGUAGUGCGCUACCGGGCGGAGGGGGCCCCGCCCGGGCCGGACCCCGUGGAGGAGUCCACCGUGCCCCCCGCCGCGGGCCAGCUCCUCCUGCAGGGGCUGGAGAAGUGGACCCAGUACCGAGUCGCCGUGGCGGCCUUCACGGGCGAGGGGACGGGUCCGGAGAGCCAGCCCCUGCUGUGCCGGACCGACGAGGACGUGCCGGGGGCCCCCCCCCGCCGGGUGGAGGUGGAGGUUCUGAACUCCACCGCCCUCAGGGUGAUGUGGCGCUCCCUGUUGCCGGGGCGACAGCACGGCCAGAUCCGCGGCUACCAGGUGCACUACGUGCGCGUGGAGAACGGCGAGUCGCGCGGCAUGCCCCUCAUAAAGGACGUGAUGCUGGCCGACGCGCAGUGGGAAAUGGACGAUACGGCCGAAUACGAGAUGAUCAUUGGGGGCUUGCAGCCGGACACCACCUACUCCAUCACCGUGGCGGCGUACACCACGAAGGGAGACGGCGCGCGGAGCAAGCCCAAGCUGGUGGUCACCAAGGGAGCAGUGCCCGGCCCUCCCCUCCUAUUGGUCCGCCAGGAGACAGACAGCUUCGCCGUGGUGCAGUGGCAGCCGCCGGAGGUGGUGCCGCCCGGGCUGGCGGUGGAGGGGUACCGGCUGCAGCUGGGGCGCAAGGGCGCGACCCCGCCCGCCACCCUGGAGUUCGCGGCCGGGGAGCGGGGCUACACGGUGGCCGACGUGCGCCGCGGCGCCACCUACCUGUUCAGGCUCGCCGCCAAGACCCGCGCCGGCCUCGGGGAGGAGGCCGUCCGGGAGCUGACGGUGCCCGAGGAGGCGCCCCGGGGUUACCCCCGAAUCUCGGAGGGCUCGUGGAACGUGACCUGCUGCUCGGCGCGGCUCUCCUGGCGGGCGCCCCUCCCGGCGGAGCAGAGCGGGCCGAUCACCGGGUACACGGUGGCCUACGGGGAGGCGGCGGCCGCGCCCCGGGAACUGGCGCUGCCCGCGGGCGAGCUGGGCUGCACGCUCGGCGGCCUGCUGCCCGACUCGCUCUACGCCGUGAAGGUCCGCGCCCACACCAGCGUAGGUCCCGGGCCCUACAGCCCCCCCGUGCAGAUUCGGACGGCCCCCCUGCACACAGACGUCCCCAAGAACUUCACGGUGAAGCUGGUCACCAAGACGACGGUGCUGCUGACGUGGAAGUUUCUGGAAAGCCACACGCCGUUCAAGUGCACGAUCGAGUACAACCGGGUGAAGGUGGACGUGGACGCCAAGCAGACCAAGGCCUUGAUCACCGGCCUGCGGGCCAACACCACCUACGACUUCCGGAUCACCUGCCAGGACGAGGCCUCGGGGGGGGCUCGGCACCGCGUGGUCGCCCGGACCGCCCCCGCCAUCCUGGUCAAGAAGCCCGAGCUGGAGCAGAACCGCGAGCCGGACAGCACCCUGACCAUCACCUUCCCCGCCCUGGAGACCCGGGAAAUGAUCAAGAACAUCUACGUGGUGGUGGUUCCCCUGAAGAAAAAGAAGGGGCCCAUCAGACACAUAAAAAACCCUGACGAGAUGGACCUGGAGGAGCUCCUGCAGGACAUCGGGACGACGCGGCACGCGCGGACCACGCGCCAGCUGGGUCAGGUGGACCUGCGCCGGCCCUACAUCGCGGCCAGCUUCGAGCCCUGGGCCCUGCCGCAGACCUUCACCGUGGGCAACCAGAAGAAGUACAACGGCUACGAGAACCGGGCCCUGGAGCCGGGCCAGGAGUACGUCUUCUUCCUGCUGGCCGAGCUCAACACCACCACCGGGAAGAUGUUCGUGGCCAGCCCCUACACGGACUCCAUCGUGGCGCCGGACGUGGACCCCCAGCCCGUGGAGACGGGCGGGGACGGGCUGAUCUGGGUGGUGGGGCCCGUCCUGGCCGUGGUCUUCAUCAUCUGCAUCGUCAUCGCCAUCCUGCUCUACAAGAACAGCAAACCUGACAGCAGCAAAAGGAAGGAGUCGGAACCACGGACCAAGUGUCUUCUGAACAACGCAGAGAUCGCCCCCCACCACCCCACCGACCCGGUGGAGAUGAGACGCAUUAACUUCCAGACCCCGGAUUCUGGUCUGAGCAGCCCCCUAACUGAAGCUGAUUUUGACUAUGAAAGUUAGUUCCAACGAAUUCAG